UUCAUCUUUUUUCACACUUCUGUGCGUAUUAAACUCCAUCCCAUCAUCCUCUCUCGCCUUUUCAUCAUCUGACAAUCUGUAAAAUGGCACCCAAAGCCUCUCCUCCCACGUUGCAGAUUGAUAAUCCAGGUACCCGUCAAGACGCACCUUUAGCACAUAUCGUCUUCACCCAUGGUUAUGCAGAGCACUCCGGUCGUUAUUUUUAUAACUUCCCCUUGUUCGCUCAAGCAAACAUCUCCUUAACAGGAUAUGAUCUUCGUGGCUUCGGCUUAUCGUGGAAGAAGCACCCCAACCCAAGGAAAGCACAUGGCGAUACAACCAGAAAACAACAACUUGAAGAUUUAGAGGAUCUGAUCAAACUUGAACGUGAACGAUUAGAUCAGAAAUACGGAAAAGAUCGUGUUCCAAUAUAUUUGAUGGGUCAUUCAAUGGGCGGCGGCAUCACUUUUGCAUUCUUUACCCGACCUAAUGGUGAAGGUGGACCAUCAGAUGAAGUGAAAAAGAUGAUCUCUGGAGCGAUCCUCAGUAGUCCUUGGCUAAAAUUGUCGAAUCCGCCUCCUGGUAUUCUUUUCUGGCUUGCUCCACGCCUUUUGGGGCUUUAUCGUAAUUUCCCUUGGACUGUCGGGGUUGCAGCAAAGGAAGUCUCAAGUGAUAAGCAAGUCCAACAAUGGACCGAAGAAGAUGAAUUGGUAGACGGUCACGUUUACCUUCGAACGAUUACCGAUCCAUUGUUCGGGGGGAUAAAGCUGGCCGAAGAAGAAUAUAAAGAAUGGCCUUCCGAUAAACCAAUCAUUAUCUUGCAUGGCGAAAAAGAUCCUGUCACAUGCAGCAAGACAAGCAAAGAAGUGAUCGAAAAGCUAAACGCAAGUGAUAAAGAAUACAAAGGAUGGCCAGGUCUCUUGCAUGAAUGUUGGCACGAAAAGGGUGAUGUCAAAGUAGAGUUCAUCCAAUACAUCAUCAGCUGGAGGUCUGCACUCAAGACCGAUGCUUCUUCGACUGCCAGUGAUCGCUUGCAAGAGCCCCGUGAGUGCGAGUGCAGAGUAGUCCUCGAAUGA